UGCUAGGUGCAGAGUUAUAAAAAGGACAGGCUGUGACACAAGUCAUGACGGACUGUGAUCUUCCAUUAUUUAACUCUCCACAUGCUUGUUUUUAGCGACAGACGGCUCAUGAACAAGUUGUAUUUAUUAGAAUUUUCUAAUGUAGUUUUUUUUUCGUCUUGUGGAUUUUUAUUCUGAGAUAGUCAUCAUGACAAACCACAACCCAGCCCGUGUAGUGCUCAUGUUGUUUGGAUUGUUUACCUUUUUAGCUGCAAUCAUGUUCAACCUCCUCUCAGGCUUUGGGUCGAAAUCAGGUGUCUUCAUGCAGCGCACAGAGGAUGUCACACUCAAGUACACGACACCCUUAACUCCAGCUCAGUGGGCGUUUUUUGUCUGGGAUUUCAUUUAUUUUUGGAUUUUUGCCAUGUUUAUAUACUUUCUGGCCGGACUCUGCAGAAGGAGCUCUUAUGACUGGAUGUACACCACGCCUGCAGUGCUGCCCUAUGGAUUUCAUGUCACUACUAUCAUCAACCUUGGAUUGAACAUUACAUGGUUGUUUCUGUAUGACAGAGAGUUGCUACUGCUAGUGCUUAUAACCUCAGGACUAAUGACAGUCACAGAUUAUAUUAUUCUGUUUUUCUCCUGCUAUGGACUGAAGAUUUAUGGAGCUUGGUUGAACAAAUACCACAACGCAGACCUCUGGAUCUUCAGAGUGUUGGUGCAGAAUGGAGUAGCAGUUUAUGCUACGUGGGGGACUCUCUCCACCUUGCUGAACCUGACAAUCUUCAUGCAACAUCAGACAGAAACACCGAGAUGCAACUGUGCCAUGUUGUCAAUGCUGCUGCUCCUGAUGGAGCUGUUAGUCUGGUUUCUGUUGGAGAACUUCUACCUUGACAAGCAGGUGCGUUACAUCGUGACCAUCUACCCUGUAGUAAUUCUGUGGUUGUCGGGCGUCCUGAGCAACUCUGGCUCUCCUGAAAGUCAUAUGUUCAUUUUUGCAGCUUCGAUCCUGGGGACUUCCUGCAUUCUGUUUGUAGCACGCCUAGUCCUGGUGACAUGGAGGCACUACAAACAGCCGCUUUACAGUGACAGUGAACUCAGUUUGUCACCAGUGGAAAUAUCUUUGACACAAAGUAAUAUUUUUCUAUGAUUGCUUAGUAAAAGUAAAAAAUAUA